AUCGUCACGUCACAUCCUUUAUCUAUUGCUAACCAAAAUGGCGGCGUCCAUCGAUUUAACGCCGUGACAGUUUGACUGAAAUUGUGCAACUUUCUUGUGUUAUUAAAAUAGCUUCGCAGCCUUUGUAUCUACAUGACCUAGCCCGUUUCGAUCUUAAUUCUAAUCCAAAAAAUACAUUUUUUGACCAUGACCUUGCACAGACUAUUCCCUUUAAGAUUAAGACAAACGAUAGCUCAGGUGCGGCUGCUCCAUGGCAGUGGGUGUGGCCAUCAGCUGGAGGAGGUUGCAAUGGAGCCAGAGCUGAGAAAGGAGACCUCUGUCUUCCGGACACAAGUGAAUGACCCGGCCUGCCAGUCAGAGCGCCACCUAGGGCAAUACUACACCUUGCCCACCUCUCACCUCCACACCAUCUUCCCCCACGGCCUCCCCGCAAGAUACCAGCAACAAGUGAAGACCUUUAACGAGGGCUGCGUGAUGGUGAGGCAGCCUGCUCUGGAGCUGAUAUCUUACCUGAAGGCAGCUGACUACAGCAAGCCCGCCGUACGCUACCUACUCUACGGGUUAAAGGGAAGUGGGAAGACCAUGUCUCUCUGUCAUACUAUCCACUACUGCUCGACACAGGGAUGGCUUGUACUACACAUACCCGAUGCCCACCUAUGGGUGAAGAACUGUAAGGAGUUGCUGCCCUCGUCUUACCACACCUCUCGCUUCGACCAACCAAUCGAGGCGUCGAACUGGCUGCGCAACUUCAGAACCACCAAUGAACGUUUCCUCUCCAAGAUCAAGCUGAGGCAGAGAUACACGUGGACCAAGAGAGAGAGCACUGAGAAGGGAAGUCCACUAGGGGAGCUGGUGGACAUGGGAGUUUCUCGUGUGAAGAGCAGCAGUGAUGUAGUGGGAGCGGUCCUGAAGGAGCUCAGACUACAGGCUGCAGAGACUGAGGAGUCUGAGGGCUUCAGGCUGGCUGUGGCCAUAGAUGGAGUCAACAGUCUCUGGGGGAGGACCACUAUCAAAAAGGAGGACAAGAGCCCGGUGGCUCCAGAGGAGUUGACAUUAAUUCAUAACUUGAGGAAGAUGAUCGAUAAUAACUGGUGUGGGGGGGCUGUCAUUGCCACGCUGUCUCAGACGGGGUCACUCUACUCACCAAGCUCUGCCUACCUGCCCAAAGAACUGCUGGGAGAGGAGGGCUUUGACAGCAUGGACCCAUUCAUUCCGGUACCAGUGUCCAACUACAGUGAGAAGGAGUUUGAGAGCUGUUACCUCUACUACCUGGACCGCCACUGGCUCCAGCACCCACACAGUAAGACAGAUGAAGGGAAGAAAGAAAUUAUCUUCCUCAGCAACAGAAACCCCUCUGUCCUAGAGAGACUGUGUGCCUUCCUCUAAAAUAAGAUACCCUCCUACUGACACAUGUUUACACACACACACACACACUCACUCAUGUACUCUCAUAACACACACUCUGAUACAGGCACAUUCUCAAAAACACCUACACACUCAUACACACACAAAAAUUGCAGUUCCAUAUUUGUAUCUCUCUAAAUUAUUCUGUUGUGAAGCAUAAUACUGUCUCUUUAAUAAUAAAACGUGAACAGUAUGAUGGC